GACGAGACGAGAGCUUUGGACGAGACUGCUGUCUAUUGAUAUUAGUAAAAACUUGAAAAUGGAAAACGAUUGCCUUGAAAGUUUAAUCUUAAAAUUACAUGAUGUUCAGGCCGUGAAAUUCGGAACGUUCACGCUGAAGAGUGGAAUAACAUCGCCGAUUUAUUUUGAUCUCAGAGUUAUUGUUUCCUACCCAUCUCUUAUGAACCAGGUGUCAACUUAUCUUUACCAACGCGCCAAAGAUGAGGACUUGAAAUACAACUCACUGUGUGGUGUACCAUACACUGCUCUGCCCCUGGCUACAAUCAUCUGCUCCAAACACGAGCUGCCUAUGCUGAUCCGAAGAAAAGAAGCCAAAGACUAUGGAACUAAGAAGAUUAUAGAGGGGUCCAUUCACCCUGGAGACACGUGUCUGAUCAUCGAGGAUGUAGUGACCAGCGGGAGCAGCGUCAUGGAGACGGCCCUGGUGCUUCAGGCAGAGGGUUUAAAGGUCACCGAUGCCAUCGUGCUGAUGGACAGGGAGCAGGGAGGUAGGGCCAUGCUGGCCAAGAAGGGCAUCGCGCUCCACUCUGUCAUCUCCAUCUCCAAUCUCCUCAACGUCCUGCUCCAGGCGAAGCGCAUCGAUGAUUCCACGGCCCAGAGCGUGCGCAGGUUCAUCCAGGAGAACAACACCUACAAGCCCUCGGGGGAGGAGGAGAAGAACGGCUCUCCUGUGGCUAAGAAGCCCAGCAAGCUGGCGGAGUUGACCUAUGGCGACAGGGCCCAGCUCCAAACCACACACCCUCUGGCUGCCCAGCUCUUUAGGUUGAUGGAGGAGAAGAAGACCAACCUGUGUGUGUCGGCGGACGUGACAGGCUGCGAGGAUCUGCUGCAGCUGGCUGACUCUCUGGGGCCUCAGAUGUGCGUGCUGAAGACUCAUGUGGACAUCCUGCAGGACUUCAGCCCAGCCUUCAUCCAGUCCCUCAAGGACCUGGCCCACAAACACAACUUCCUCAUCUUUGAGGACCGCAAGUUUGCUGACAUCGGGAACACGGUCAAGCACCAGUAUGAAGGUGGGCUCUACCAGAUCUCCUCGUGGUCUCACAUGGUGAAUGCCCAUGCGGUGCCAGGCCCUGGGGUGGUAGAGGGGCUCAGUGUGGUGGGCCUCCCACUGGACCGCGGCUGUCUCCUCAUAGCUCAGAUGAGCUCCCAGGGUUCCCUAGCAACAGGGGACUACACGCAGGCUGUGGUGAAAAUGGCUGAGGAGCACUCUGACUUUGUGUUUGGGUUCAUCUCUGGCUCCAAGAUCAGCAGCAAGCCUGAAUUCUUACAUAUGACUCCAGGGGUGCAGAUGCAGUCAGAAGGAGACGGUCUGGGCCAGCAGUACUCCAGUCCCGAUGAUGUGAUCUGUAAAAAAGACUCUGACGUCAUCAUUGUUGGCCGUGGUAUCCUGGGGGCCUCUGAUAGGGUGAAGGCUGCUGCGGAGUACAGAGAGGCCGGCUGGAACGCCUACGUCAAGAGACUCACCGCAUCAAGACAAUGAAAAGUCAAACAACAGGGAUGCGUCCCAAAUGGCACCCUAUUCCCUGUAUAGUGCACUACUUUUGACUAGAACCCUAUGGGCUUUGGUCAAAAGUAGUAAACUACAGGGUAGAGGUGCCAUUUGGGCUACAGACAGAGACUAGAGCAGGCACCACAUCGCUAAUGUGAAACCAUGAUUAUUCCCUCCAAACAGCUGCUGGAGCCUGUUCUUACUCUUGUAGCUGCUUGUUAUAACCCUUGCUUGCUAAAUCAACUGAACUGCGACAAUGCUCAUUUUUUUGCAACAGGGAAACAUUUCAGGAUUUUUUUCUCUCCCUCCAUAGUGUUAUUUGUAUAUGAUCAUUUUGAAACAUUCAAAUUUGAUUAUUUGUGUUAACCAAUAAUAUGGAAUUGCGGAAUGAAUUCAGUAGAUACAUGUUCUGUAAUGAUCAGUGUUUUUUUUGAAGUCACUUUAAACAUCUCUAGCCUAGGAUUCUGUUCCUUUGCAGCAAGGGUGGUUUCUAUAGAAGAACACAGUGGAUGCUAGGGCUACUAUCUCUGUGAUGGGCUACUAUCUCUGUGAUGGGCUACUAUCUCUGUGAUGGGCUACUAUCUCUGUGAUGGGCUACUAUCUCUGUGAUGGGCUACUAUCUCUGUGAUGGGCUACUAUCUCUGUGAUGGGCUACUAUCUCUGUGAUGGGCUACUAUCUCUGUGAUGGAUAACUGUGGAGAGAUUCAGGUUACAAAACAAUCCUUGGCGUUGUGCAUUUGUUCAUCGACAUUACAACAAUCACCUGUUCACAACGGUAGUUAUUUGAUGCCAAUGUGUGAUGAACCACGUUAGUCCAUAAACCUCUAGUGGUUCCGGGUGAUGUGCCGGGUGUACGCUGUACCCUAAUCAUUAAUAAACAGUGAAUGUGCAUGGGUUGUUUCA